UUUAAUGCCAUCUCAGUACUACAUGACUCUCUGUGAUAAUAAGCUCCAUGUCUCUCUCUUCUCUCUCUCAAGAUUUUCAUGAGCUACUGCUGAAUGUAUUACUCUAGCUUCUACUUUCACCACUCAAUUCCUAUUUCUACACUUCUUUAGUCGCCAAUAAUACGCAAAAAAGUUGGAAAAUUUUGGAGAAGCUUAGCUUUAAAGGGUCUUUGAGGAUGUUAUGAUGUUGUUACCUUGCGGUCUGAGAUCUGAAAGGGGUAAGUGUUUUUGCUUUCGUUGCAGAAGAACAGAGAGACAAGAGGUCCUUCUUUGACAUGGUUGUCUGAAUUUCCACUUCAAGAUUCUUUCCUUAAUCGUCGGAGACUGUCUUGCUGCUGGCUCCUUUGUUUCUUCGACACUAGUUCAGCUCUCAUUGCUAGAAAAAAAUUCUUUUCUUUUAGAUGUUGCAUGCCCUUGAUUGCAGAUUCGUCCUACAGAAAGGUCUCACUAUUUUGUGAACUUCUUGCGACUCGUUUGCUAUUUGCCAAUCAAAAGUCACACUCUUAGUCAAUCUAUGGAAUGUCUGAGAAAGUGUGAACGCAGUAGCUAAGAAGCGUGUGGGUUGACUUUGAAAAGAAGCUUUUGGUUUGUGUGUAGAAUGAGAAUGUUGGAAAGGAGGAGAGAAAGGGAAUGUAUACUCCUUAUAAAGCUUGUGCUUUUCACUAGUAUAUGGCAGCUUGCUUCAGCUCUUGGUUCAAUGUCUUCAAUUGCAAUUUCCUAUGGAGAAGGAGGUUCUGUAUUCUGUGGUCUGAAAUCUGAUGGGUCUCAUCUUGUGGUUUGCUACGGAUCAAACUCAGCGAUCCUCUAUGGGACUCCUGCUCAUUUCCAGUUCAUCGGUUUAACAGGUGGAGAUGGGUUUAUGUGUGGGCUUCUUAUGCAAUCUUAUCAGCCGUAUUGUUGGGGAAACAGUGCAUUUAUUCAGAUGGGAGUUCCUCAACCAAUGAUCAAAGGAGCUGAAUACUUGGAAGUUAGUGCUGGUGAUUACCAUCUCUGUGGUUUAAGGAAGCCAACAGUGGGAAGAAGAAAGAGCAGCAACAUAUCUUCGUCUUCCCUUGUUGAUUGUUGGGGAUACAAUAUGACCAGAAACUUUGUCUUUGAUAAGCAGAUACAUUCGCUCUCGGCUGGUGCGGAGUUCAACUGUGGGUUGUCCUCUAAAGAUAAGUCUGUUUUCUGUUGGGGCGACGAGAAUAACAGCCAAGUAAUCAGCUUAAUCCCAAAGGAAACAAAGUUUCAGAAAAUUGCAGCUGGUGGAUACCAUGUCUGUGGCAUUAUUGACGGGUUGGAUUCACGAGUGCUCUGUUGGGGAAAGAGCUUUGAGUUCGAAGAAGAGAUCUCAGGGACUUCCACGGGAGAAGAGAUUCUUGAUUUACCACCAAAAGAGCCACUCUUGACAGUGGUUGGUGGAAAGUUGUAUGCCUGUGGGAUCAAACGCUAUGAUCAUAGUGCGGUUUGCUGGGGGUUUUUCGUUAAUCGGAGUACACCUGCUCCUAAAGGUGUAGGCUUUUAUGAUCUUGCAGCAGGGAAUUACUUUACUUGCGGAGUUCUUUCAGGAACUUCUAUGUCACCUGUUUGUUGGGGUCUUGGUUUCCCUGCUUCUAUCCCUUUAGCUGUCUCACCAGGACUCUGUAUAGACACUCCUUGUCCACCAGGAACUCAUGAACUCAGUAACCAAGACAAGUCGCCUUGCAAAGUUCCUGGCUCUCAUAUUUGCUUGCCAUGUAGUGCUAAUUGUCCUCCUGAAAUGUAUCAGAAAAGCGAAUGCACAGAGAGAUCUGAUCAGGUUUGUGGUUAUAACUGCUCAAGUUGCUUCUCAUCUGAAUGCUCCUCAAACUGUUCUUCUGCGUCUACCAGUGGGGGCAAGGCAAGAGGAAGAUUUUGGUCACUGCAGUUACCUAUUGCAACUGCAGAGAUUGGCUUUGCUCUGUUUUUGAUAGCAGUUGUCUCUAUAACAGCCGCUUUGUACAUUCGGUACAGAUUGAGGCAUUGUAGGUGCUCAGAAAAUGAUGCAAGGUCUUCUAAAGAUUCAGCCUUUACGAAAGAUAAUGGCAAAAUCCGUCCUGAUCUUGAUGAGCUGCAAAAGCGCAGAAGGGCUCGAGUUUUCACUUAUGAGGAACUUGAAAAGGCUGCUGAUGGAUUCAAAGAGGAAUCAAUAGUGGGGAAAGGGAGUUUCUCAUGUGUGUACAAAGGAGUACUGAGAGAUGGAACUACUGUUGCGGUAAAGAAAGCAAUAAUGUCAUCAGACGUACAGAAGAAUUCGAAUGAGUUUCGCACGGAGCUGGAUCUUUUAUCAAGACUCAACCAUGCUCAUCUUCUCAGCCUUCUCGGAUACUGCGAAGAAGGUGGAGAAAGGCUUCUGGUUUAUGAGUUUAUGGCUCACGGCUCACUGCACAACCAUCUUCAUGGAAAGAACAAGGCCUUGAAAGAACAACUAGAUUGGGUCAAACGAGUAACGAUUGCUGUGCAAGCUGCUAGAGGAAUCGAAUACUUGCAUGGUUAUGCCUGCCCUCCAGUGAUUCACCGGGAUAUUAAAUCAUCAAACAUCCUUAUAGAUGAAGAACACAAUGCUCGAGUAGCUGAUUUUGGUCUCUCCUUACUUGGUCCUGUCGAUAGUGGCUCUCCUUUGGCAGAACUACCAGCAGGAACUCUCGGUUACCUUGAUCCCGAGUACUACCGACUGCACUAUCUCACAACAAAAUCUGAUGUCUACAGCUUUGGAGUCCUGCUUCUCGAAAUCCUAAGCGGAAGAAAAGCCAUAGACAUGCACUACGAAGAAGGGAACAUAGUAGAAUGGGCAGUUUCUUUGAUCAAAGCAGGAGAUAUAAACGCACUCUUGGACCCGGUCUUGAAACAUCCAUCUGAAAUCGAAGCUUUGAAAAGAAUCGUGAGUGUGGCUUGCAAAUGCGUGAGGAUGAGAGGGAAAGAUAGACCAUCGAUGGAUAAAGUGACAACAGCAUUGGAACGAGCGCUUGCACAGCUAAUGGGAAACCCGAGCAGCGAGCAGCCAAUAUUACCAACUGAAGUAGUGCUUGGGAGCAGUAGAAUGCAUAAGAAAUCAUGGAGGAUCGGUUCAAAAAGGUCUGGUUCCGAGAACACGGAAUUUAGAGGCGGGUCAUGGAUAACUUUCCCAAGUGUGACAUCAUCGCAGAGGAGGAAAUCAUCGGCAUCUGAAGAAGAUGUAGCGGAGGAGGAAGAUGAAGGGAGGAAACAACAAGAAGUGUUGAGGAGUCUUGAGGAAGAGAUAGGGCCAGCAUCUCCCGGACAGAGCUUAUUCUUGCAUCAUAAUUUCUGAAGAAAAGUGAUUUUCUGAAGUUUUUAGUAACAAUGACAUGUAUAAGAUAUUUAGUUUACUCUGAUGUAUGUAUAAUGUGUUCCAUAAGGCAGGAAUGUAACAAAGAGGCAGAGAGACUCUCUCCAAGGAAGAAUGUAUGAAAUUUUCCGUAA